UCAAAGCUUCCAGAACUUGACUACGCCAUCGAUGUGAAAAUCUUUCGUGAGAUUCUGGAGUUGGAUGACGAAGACGAGCAAUACUUCACUCGCUCAUUAGUGUGUGACUUCUUCGCACUUGCCCAACGGACCUUUGCAGAGAUGGAUGAAUGCCUGGAGAGCCAAGACAUAAAGCAACUAUGGACCAAAGCCCAAUUCCUUAGGGGUCCGAGUGCGACAUUGGGCAUCUACAAAGUUGAAUCGACUUGUGCGCGAAUUGAGCAACUGACCGUGGUUGCCGACACAUUACAAGCCGAGGGCGACUCAAAAUCGACGCUAUGCAACUCGUCAAGGAUUCUGUUGGAUCAAGCCAAGCAAUACUUCGCCGAGGCAGAAGAUGCCCUGCGGCGUUUUUAU